CCCCUAUUAUCCUUCUCAUCUCUACCCACUUAGACUUUACCCGCUCUGUCCUCUCAACAAGUCACCCUCUUAUUUUCAUCCUUAUAGAAAAAACAAAACAAAACCUUUUUUGUGUCAAAUAAACGUCGGUGGGUAGAUAUUAGUUGGUUUAAUCCCCUCACAUGCCCGACCUCCGUUUUCUUUAGAGAACCGGGUCCUGGGGAACGCAGAGAGGGAGCACCCUGCUAGGGAGCCCGAGCGCCGGGUGUCCCGUCGCCCUCACUGUGUACAACGGUCAUCUGCCAUCUUCUUACGCAUGACCCAGCGCGCUCUUGUCUUGGCUUCUGGGCGUCGGUCCCAGAGCCCAUAAGUCUUCCUCCCCUGGCGGCUGUCGCAGUCUCCGCGCCACAUACCCAGCUAAUGCUGCUCGGGAGAAGGCUGGCCGCCAUGACCGAGCUGCUCAAGUCUGUGGACUACGAAGUGUUCGGGACAGUGCAAGGUGUUUGCUUCAGAAUGUACACAGAAGGAGAAGCUAAGAAACGAGGUCUGGUUGGCUGGGUGAAGAACACAAGCAAAGGCACAGUGACAGGUCAAGUUCAAGGCCCCGAAGAAAAGGUUGAUGCCAUAAUGUCAUUCAUAGUAGUUGGAAUCACCCAGUAGGUCAUCUUCACGUUGGUCCAAAGGUACGUUUUUAACCUUAGAACCCUUCAUAUUUUUUGCGCCUUGAUAGUCAUCUUACUUUUAAUUGCUGAAUACUAUGCCCUUGCUUGUGUACGCCAUAGCUUCUUAUUAAAGAAAACCUUCUUGUUUAAGUUUUCUCAAUUACACACUAAUUACUAUCAAAUUAUUAAUAUUGUUUUUGUGUUAGAGAUGGAACCCAGGCCUUCAUGCAUAGCAAGAAUACACUCUGCCACUUGAACGACAUUCCUUCUUUCAGUUUCCUAAAACCUGUUACUGUGAGUUAGGUGUGGUGGUUCACACCUAAAAUCCUUGGGGGCUGAAACAGGAUUGCUAUGACUUUGAGGACAGCCUGGGAUACAGAUGCACUGUCUCAAAACAUAAGACAAAACAAAACUUAUUACUUAUUACUUUUUUAUUUUUGUACAAUUUUUGUUGUUCACAUUGUGUUUCUAGACAGGGUCUUGCUGUACAUCUUUGGUUUGCCUUGAAUCCCUGAUUUUCCUGUUUUAGCUUUCCAAGGGCUAUGUGUACCAUUUUGCCAUAUAUAUAUAUAUACAUACAUAUAUAUAUAUUUACAUGCACAUAUGUAUAUAUUUGUGUGUAUGUGAAUUUAUAGUGUAAUAAGGGGAACAUAAACAUUUUUUAAAAACUUCUCUAUUUUCUAAAAACUUAAAGCAUAUUUCAAUAUACUUACUACAAAAUAAUUAUUUUUUAAUCCAUAAAAUGGUUUGUGUGAUUAUAAAGGCAAAAGUGAAAAGGUUCUUGCCUUCUACCAAUCAGGGAAAGCAUACAUCCUGACAUACUUUCUGUCUAUUACCUCCUGCCUAUGUGUGAUCAAGCCCAUCCUGAGCAAUUGGGGCAACAGACCUUGUUUAUUGAAGUGAAAACAAAUGGCUUGUUAUCUUACAUGAACAGCCCCAAGCAUUCCAGGAAGUUAUUUGUCCUUGGGCAAGUGAAGCUUACAAGUUAGAGGCAUUUUGAUUACAACUGUCUUAACCAUAGUAAUUAAAACUUAAACCACAACUUUAGCCCUCACAGGGGUCCUCUGUUCACUUGCCUGAGGAGUCUUGGUCAGUUGCUGUCCUGCUUUUUUGGAGUGUUUUGAAAAAUAUCAUUAGAGGGUUAUAAACAGAUGAUUUGGUUACCAAUUAAAACUGAGAGAUUGCCCAGGAAGUUGGAGGGGGGAUGGGAUGGGAGAGACAGGAAUGAGCCAGUAAAAGGAGUUGAUCCUAGGUAACAAUGACUAGUCAGGAAUGCUGUAUCAAAAUGAGUUAGCAAUAGCCACAGGGAGCUACAGAGCAUGGAA